AAAAGCAAUGGCAAAUUUAAACCAUUAAACAUCCAAGAAAGGUUGUGGUUGAGCAAUUAAUAAACACAUUACAAUAAUUACAUGUAACAUACAAAAUUAGAGUAAUGUAAAAGUAAUAUAACUGACAAUGCUGUCAGGGGUAUUUGGGGGUAUAGAUCUGGAACAGAAGAUGUGAUAAAUGUUAUGGAAUUUUAAAAUAUUUUUGAAAUAUAUUUUAAAACAUUUUAAAAAUAUUAAAUUGCUGUUCUCUGGUGAGAGCAGGGCAGAGACGGAGAAUAAAUGAGAAAUGAAGAGUGUUUUUCUGAAGUUUCAGUGCUCUGGGUUUAAGAGGAAGGUUUGUCCCACCCUCCAGCUACUGUUGUUUUCAGAUCAGUGAGUUAAGCACCUGCGGAGGAGCUUGUACAGAGAAGAAACACAGGGCACACCGCAAAAAAGAGGAUCUCUUGGGCAGAAACCCCAGACACCCCUACUUACAGGGGAAGGUGGGUUCCAAAGGAGAUGGCCUGGAACGGCAAACUUGUUUCUUUCCUCCUUCACAUGGAGGUAAUGCUUCCUUUUACAAUGGCAUCAAAGAUAAAUGUUGCUGCUGACCAAGAAGUUGUUCUUUGCUGUCCAGCUGGUUGUAAAGAAACAAUUUCCCCAACUCCAAAUGAAGUGGUCUGGAAUUAUAAUGGAAACAGCAUAAUUAGAUACAUGCGGACUGGAGUCUAUAAAGGUGGCACUACUGAAAAAUACAAAUUUGUGGCUUCUGACCACAAGAAUUUCUCUUUAUGGCUACCAAAUGGAAAGGAAGGGCAAUACACCUGUAUAGUGAACGGAAAAGAACAGUGUAUCUAUGACCUUCGAGUGUGGACUGUACUGAAAGAAAUUCGAAACAGAUAUCUCCUGCGAGGUGAAACUGUACUACUAGAAGUGAUUUCGUCUGGCAAUGAGUAUCCUAGGAUUGAGUGGUUUAGCCCACGCAACGCCAAAGUGACAGGCAAUGAACCACGUUGGGAACUGUGCAACAGUGAGAGGAGGCUGCAGAUAAAGAACCUUGAAGUUCAAGAAGAUGAUGGCACAUGGAAAUGUCACAUCCUGCCUGAUGGGCCCUGGUUCUCCUUUGGAGUCAAGGUGAUAGAUUUUCUCAAUGUGUUGGGUGACAAUGGCAUGACGUUUGCAACUAUUGAUAGCAGAGUGGUCCUUUCGUGCCCAUUGAACAUUGACCUCUCAAAGGAAAAGAACGUGGGGAACUUUCCAGAACUCCAGAGUUGGGAACUCAUGAAGGAUAAUAAGGUUAUUGUAAAUGAGAAUUUACCAAGCAAUGCCAACAGCACUUAUCCUGCCAAAGAAAUAACCAACGUCCGGCUGGAAGAUGCUGGAAAAUACCAGUGCCGUUUCAUAUUUGCAAAAGGGAAUUUGAAUACAUCUAUCCAUUUAAUAGUCAUGAGCGUUUCUGGUAGUUCCCUUGGGCUCCAUGCUGAUAAAGAAAACAUGCCUUUGUGCUGUCAUAUCUCUGCUUCUCUUCCUGCCACGGCUGAACUGUGCUGGGCACAUACGAAUGAAACCAGAUGUCAAUCUCACCUUCCAAACAACACAUUUUGUGAGGAGAACGCAACUACAGGGACUUGGACGUGUAGUCUCAAAGUGGAGAACAAUAUGAAGAUCAGUAUUAACUACACCGUGGAGGAGCCAACUGUAAAGAUGACAUUCCCACUGGUAGAAAUACUUUCCGGAGUUGGUGCUCUGCUGUUGCUGCUGAUCUUGGCAGGCCUGUGUGGGUGCGCUCUGAAACCUAUCAGACGUAAAAGGCAACGAGCAAGGAGGAUGGCCCAGGCUAAGCAGCACUUGCUGGAAAAGAAGACGUGUCAAUGUGAAAGGGAGCUGACAAAUGAUUACUACCACGCCUGAGACAAGAGGAUCAAUCUGACAUCGACACCGGCUCUAUGCCAGCUCAUUUCAUUAGUUUGCUUUGUUCUCUUUUUUAAAAGUUUUCUUCCAUUACUUAACAUGCAGUACUGCUAAAGCUCCAAGGUCAUGGAAGACUUGUUGAAUAUGAGAGCGAACACAAAUAACCUUGCUCAGAUGCUGCUGCAAAUAUUCUCUGGUGUGAUUAUUAAUACUGAAAGAAGAUUCCACAUCUUCCAGCUGAUUUCCCACAAUAGUGUCUAUUCAAAAUCUCAAAGUGCUGACAGCCAUUGUACAUUUUAAGUUUUCAUUGUGAACACUUUCCUUCUACCUCUGUUUGGAAAUUACAAGUCAGACUCAGGAAAUUGACUCAGGUACCUGUAAUAUGCAGACAGUCUGAUGUAAAUUCGUUAAUAUGUUCAAAGCUGGUUCAGAAGAAGUAGAGCAAUUAGCUUGGGGUUUUUUUUAGAACAUAAAUUUACUUAAUCCAUAAUUUUUAAACUAACACACAAACUGAAUCCUAAUUGUAUCCAUUUUCAGUUUUCAAAUUUUGCAACAUAGACCACAUACAGAAAUGUGUACACUAAAGAGGGUAAUAGGCAAAAACUGUUUGAUAUUAAGGGACAUCACUUGCAAAAAUAAUUGCAUGAAAAAUGGUAAACAAAAAUAUUUGCAUUAGCAGAAAGUCACAAAAAUGUGCAUGAAAUUUCCAUAUGUACUCUGAAAAAGAUUCAAACAUAUAGUUAGUGAAGGUAGUUGGAGAUGGAUUGAAAAAAUAUAUUAAAAAUAACAUUUGUGUCUAAUGUUUAAUUUGCUUAACAAAGUCAUCCAUUUUUUUUUAAUAUAACCAUAUUGUAUUUGAAUAAAAUAUUUUAAAGUG